CAUUAUGGGAGGAUGCUUAGAUCGAGAAAGAGAUAAACGAAGAAUUUUAGAAUAAUUAUCAUAUUCUUAAAGGCCAAUUCUCAAAUAAUCAAAUGAAUUUACCUAUCAGAGACAAAUCUAAUCAUUAUCAACCAAGAGUUAGCAUGUAGAGGUCUAAUAACAGAGAUAUAGCUUAUUGAAAUAUUCAUAAAUUUCUAGCAAAUAGGGCAAUCAAUCAGUUAGAAGUGAUAACUAAUCCUAUUAACAUAUCAAUUAAAACAAUUAAUUUAUCUUAUUACAAAGGGGAGAACUUAAAUAAUUUUUAAAAAUGAACCAUUUGGGAAUAGAUUAGAUUAUAACUAAUCCAAUAAAUACAAGUUAAUUGAUUAUUUGUUUCGAAUAGAAUGAUAUCACGGAUUUAGUAAUUAAUGAAUAAGUAAUUUCUAACAGUAAUUUUCACAAAUUGUAUAUGGAUAUUAAAGAUUUUAUUGGGUAUUUGCAUAGCCUUAUUGUAGUUAGCCAGAUAAAAAAAUAGUUGGUAUUAUUCUUGAGAACAGGAACUAAAUUUCAAUUUUAUUUAAAAAAUUGAAUCCAAGAUAAGCAAUGAAUAAUACUAUUGAAAUGCAAAGUAUAUAAAAUUAUAAAUUUAAGUGGUUGAUAGCGUAAGUCAAGAUUAACUAGAAGAAAUUAUAAAUGAAAGGAUGUAAGACAAUCUUAUUUGUUGCACUAUUUUGUAAUUACCUGAAUGUGCUCUAUUAUUUUUUUAAACAUGUCGUCGGUAAAUACAAGCUUUAAAUGUUAUAUCUUUAGAAAUGUAAUAACUUAAUGCAAUUAAUCUAUCCUAAGAAAUAGCAGGAAAAGUUGAAAUAUUAUAAAGUAAUGAUGUAAUAUAACUUAUUAUAUUUAGGAAUUUGAUUUUAUAAGUUUGUUGCCUGACAUUACAAAUAAAUCUCUCUAUAUUUUAAUGUCGAUUAAAUAAAUAUGA